UUUGCGAGAGUUCAUUAACUUUAUCGGUGGUGGUUCUAUAAUUUUCCUAUGUAGAAUGAUAAGCUCUUUAUUUCUGCGUGUCGUCUCGCGCUGCGGCUGGUCUUCAUAUCAGUAAUGUGACGGUACAGUAAGCUGCCUGCUCGUUGACUCAUGUGGAGCUGCAGCUGGAUGCUGUCAGCUAACAGAGAGACUGCAUCUGUGCUGUGGCUGUUCUGCUGUUACCUCCAUCGUGAUGACUCCAACCAUGGCUCAGAUCAGCGAUCCAAAGAUCGCAUUUGCCUACCUGCGCCCGGCCUGUGUCCUGUUGACCCGACAGCCCUCUGUGACCAACGUGGAGACACUGAGCGGCCAGUUAAAAGAAGUCAACGACGCCACGUUACAGCAGCUCCAAGAGUAUGUCCUCUUCCCCCUUCGCUUUGUUCUUAAAGUUCCCGGGCCCAAGAAGGACAAACUGGUGCAGGCUGUGGCCGAGGCCAUGUGCCACGUCCUGGAGAACACCUGCGUCCAGAGCUGGCAGACCCUCCACGACCUCCUGUCGGAGCUCUGCCUCUGCCUCUCCUCUCCAACCGAUCCCGGGAAACCCGCUGAUUCGUCCGAGGAGCUGAAAUUGUCCGUCCUGAGGUGCCUGGAUGCCCUGCUUCAUGCCGCUUAUGGUGAUAUAUUCGUCAGACUCUUCGAACCGGCCAUGCUGCCUGGACUGGGAGCUGCCAUAUCGCUUCUGCUGGCUUUAGGUGAGAAGGUGAAAUCCCGGGAUAUACAGGCAGCGGCGCUGAAGUGCCUCCAGGCUUUGACUCUGCAGUGUGACUGCACUCAGGAUCAUGUGGUCCCGUCCGCAGAGGAGCAACGUGCUAUAGGCAGCACAAUGGCCUCAUUCUUACCUGGGAUCACUACGGCUGUAGCCAGGAUCAUUACAGGAGAUCUAAGACAAGGACAUGCAGUCACAGUCAGGGCCAUCAAGGUUUGGUGCAGUGCUGUGGGGCUCGUCAUGGAAGAUGCCCAGCUUGAGGCCAGUGAGCCCUCAAAGACUCUCUUGCCAGACCUGGGCAGGGUCUCACAGCUGGUGGUCCAUCGACAACCUCACUGGGUGAAGAGCACAGCGGGGAAGCUUUCUGUGCUGCUGAAGAAGAUCGUAUCCUGCACCUCCGCUCACCGUCACUGGAGGGUUCGGCUGGGGAUGGUGGAGCUGGCUGACUACCUGCUGGCCAGGUGCAGUCGGUCGCUGGGAGAGUGCGUGGGGCCGCUCCUGGAGGCACUGGUGGGAGCAAUCAAUGAUGAGGAGCCCAGAGUCAGAGAGAGGUGCGAGGUUGCUCUCAGAGAGGUUUCCCAGAAGAAUCAGAGCAGCAGCCGCAGCAGCGGUGGUGGUGAUGGUACCAGUGAAAGCAGCAGUACCUUCACUGACGUGCUCUCAGAGAAUCUCCACUCUUUGGCCACUUCCCUGCCCAGACUGAUGAGGACCUCCGAUGACCAGCAGAAACUGUUUGUCCUCAACGUGUUUCUGGGCUACCUAAAAGUCCUGGGGCCGCUCGUCUCUGUGGUGCUGAACUCGGCCGCACAUCUGGAGAGGAUUUCCAAAGCCUUGAUGCAGGUGCUGGAGCUUGAUGUGAUGGACGUUUGCAUCGUAGAAGAAAGGAGUCGCAGCUCCGCCGUAGAAACAGGCUCCGCCUCUCCUGAUUGCUACGCCGCUCACGUACAGAGGAAGCAUUUCCUCUACUUCACUGAUGACAAGAUCCUCUCUGUGCUCACGGAGAUCUGUCGGACUGUAGGUUACUAUGGCAACAUUUACCUGCUGACCGAUCACUUUCUGGAUCUGUACUGCCAGUCUUCGGCGUACAGAAAGCAGGCUGCCAUGGUGCUGAACGAGAUUGUCAGGGGCGCCGCGGGCAUCGGCGUGGCGACAGAGAGUCGGGGUUUGGAAGGUGUGGGCCGCGCACACUCCUCUGCCACCAAGGAAGACCUUGUGGCAGCAGUGGAGUCCGUCAUGGAAGAGUACACCAGUCUGAACAACUGGCACCUGAUUACUGUUACCGAGGAGACGGAUAGAGACCGACAGGACCAACAGCUGCUCAGCCCACCCAGCCCAUUCUCCAUAUCCAACACAGAUGUCGGCAACAUCAACCCAAACUCUCUCCAAGUGGUUCCGUCCUCGUCUGGCUCCCCAUCUCCCUCGUCGUCCACCUCCACCAUUCACCAGCUCAACAGCAACAUCUGGCAGCUGUGUAUCCAGCUCGAGGGCAUCGCCUGCUUUUCCCAGGCUCUGGGGCGUGACUUUCGUCCCCUCUUGAUGACAUCACUGUACCCUGUACUGGAGAAAGCUGGGGAGGAGACUCUGCUGGUCAGCCAGGCGGCGCUGGGCUCCAUGUGGGACAUCAGCGAAGCCUGUGGCUACCCCUCCCCGAAGGAGCUGAUCAAUGAGAACUCUGACUACUUGCUCAAUGACAUUUCCCUCAACCUGCAGCGGCUCCACCAGCAUCCCCAGGCUCCGCGGGUGUUGACAGUGAUGUUGACUCACUCUGACUGCAGCCUGCUGCCUCUGGUCGGGGACAUCGUUCAGGAUGUGCUGAUGGCUCUGGAUCUAAGUUACGACCACACGGCGGCACUUUUCUGUUCUGUGCUGCACGCGCUGAUGCAGGCACUGGUGAGGUGGUUUCCCUCCAGUUGUAAAAGGGCCGAUGAGUCUGGCAGACCCCAGCAGACCUCCGCUGAGCAGGAAGUCUUCAACAUCCGCCAGUUCCUGCUGGAUUACCGUAAAGAGAAAGAGCUGGCCGAGGGCAUUGGAAUAGAGGAGGACGAUACCGAGGACCUCGAAAUCCCUCCUCCCACAGAGUGUGAGGAUGUUGACGAUAUUGUUGGUCCUGAUGUGAAAGCAGAGCUCCCCUCCCACCUCAACAUCACUAAAGAUGUUAUGGAGCGCUGCAUUCAUCUGCUGUCCAAUCCCGGCCUCAGGGUCCGACUCAAGGUGUUGGACGUGCUGGAGCUUUGUGUGUGUGUACUGAGUGAGAAGGAAGAUGAACUGCUGCCUAUGGCCCAUCGCUGCUGGCCCGCCCUCCUGCAGAGACUGACGGCCGAUGAGCCUUUAGCAGUCCUCAGAGCCUUCAGGGUGCUGUGUACCCUGGGUGAAACUUGUGGCGACUUCCUGAGGAGGAGGGUUUCGAAGGAGGUUCUUCCCAGGCUGAGCUCCUCGCUGGCGCGUCAGGCUCCCGUCAGUGCCAAGGCCGGACCUGUCUACCCGCACACUGUGGCCUACAAACUGCAGCUGGCUGUCCUGCAGGGUCUGGGCUCACUGUGCCAGAGGCUGGACCUGGGUGAAGCAGAUCUGGAUGCUGUCUGUGAAGCCUGCCUGCCCUACCUGAGCUGCAGGCAACCCAUCCGGCUGCAAGAGGCCUGCCUAAGCGUUUUCCGACACCUAAUCCAGGUGGACGCCGACGCCCUCUGGUUCACGCUGAACGAGCUCCACUGCCCGUCCUCCUACGAGCCGCCCCACCCCGACCUCCUGCCCGUGCAGCUGAGCGGGAUGGGCAGGCCGAGGGACGAGUGCUCGGACAACGUGCUGAGACUGCUGAGGGAGGAGUACGACCACGACCGGAGGAUCGGCCAAUGAGCUGCCGACGGAUGUGAUUGACUCGUCUCUGACGCUGACGGCUCUCUGAACCGCUGACUCCCAACAAGUCAGUUAACCGAAUGGAAAUCUGACAAUGGCGCCGGAGAGAACAGCCUUUAGAUGCAGGCUGUGAUAACCUUGGUGGUGUACGCGGCUCUGAUAAGCAGCGGGGUUGAAAGGGAAAAUGGCAAUGAAGCAUCUCCCAGCCGCUGCAGGUGUCGAAGCCAGGAACACUUCUGACAGGUCUCUUGCGUUAGGGAGACAUGCUGCACUUUGACAGUGCUUAUGAUUUUCUUUUCAUGUCAAGGCACUGACAUGUGCUGUAAAUGCAAAUGUGUUUUCCAUUCCUUCUCGUUAUUUCUAGAUUUGCUGAAGAAAUGCCUUAUUCUCAGCUACCUUGCUGAUUUGAAUCAUUCGUUAAUAAAGUCAAUUGAUAUUCA